AUGCAUGAGUCAGCAGUGCAUUGUUUAGUCGAAUUGAUUACUGUUCUACGCAAUUAUUUAAUCAAUAAUCCUUUGAAUACCGAGCGAGUGAAUUUCAGUCUUGGCACCAGUAAUGCCACUACUCCUAAUGGUGUUGGUAGUAGUGAUGACCUGUUAGCUGGUUCAACAACGACAAACUCAAAAGGAACAAAUAAUCCUAAUUACUUUAGUAAUAAUACUACUCAAUUGACUAGUAGUAUAUCUGGAUUACCUGUAAAUAGUUCAUACACUACACAUCUAUUCGAUGAUUUUAUUGAUGAUGGUGAUGCGACGUAUAAAGCAGCUGAGAAUUUAUUAAACACUUUACAAAGGUAA